AUGAUCUCGGUUCUAGUAGAGUCCUUUGACCCAUUUCCAAAGCAUCUCUGCCUUUCACUCCCGGCACAAGCGACCGCGGCCGACGUCUUGGAUGGGUUCAGCCAUGCUCUGUCCGCGAAAACGUCGACGAGCUUCUCCAUCACCCAUCACGGUCGCAGACUUUCUUCCGGCUCGAAGCUCUCCGGUCUUUCCUCGAGCAACAAUGCAUUCCCGGUCGUACUGCAGUUGAGGGCGCUGCUGCCCGGCGGCAAAGGUGGAUUCGGAUCGAUGCUACGUUCGCAAGGUGGCAAAAUGUCUGCUGGAGCACGCAACACGAACAACGACUCCUGCCGCGACCUCAACGGACGCCGACUGGGCGUGCUGAAAGAAGCCAAGAAGCUCGCCGAGUACCUCGAGGGCGAAUCGGAACGAAAACGCCAGAUGGACGAAGCGCAAAAGAAGAAGUACGCCAAGCUGGAAAGGAUGCUGGGUCGCGCACCUCGCAGCGAGAAGGAUCUCGCCGAAGCUGCUGAGAAGAUGGCAGAUGCGGGGGAAGAGUUCGACACGGACGGUAGUUCUAGUCCUGAAGCGGGCCCUAGCCGUCCUGUCAACACAUCGGUUCAUCGCAAGAACCCCGAUGGAUCUUCUACAGCUGCUGCAGGUACCAAGAGGAAGGAGCGCAUCGAAGACUCGCAGUACAUCGAGCAGAGCCGCGAGAUUGUCGAGAACGUGCGCUCGGCCGUAGCGUCGGCCAUGAUGAAGAAGAAAAAGAAGCUCAACAAGUCUAAGCCCAAGUCGACGCCUUCGUCUUCGGCCGCUGGCUCUUCAGUGACUGCGUCUAUGUAG